GGGCGUCCAAGUCCCGGCCUCCGCACCCCUGGGAGCCGGGUGGCCGGGACCGCGACUUCCCGGAGACCUCUCUGCGCCCCCUGGAGCCGCGCCGCCCGCGCCCAGGGUGGUGCCAUGUGGGGCGGACGCCGCUCGCCCGCCGCCUCCCCUCGGAACGCCGCUUCGCUCCUGCAGCUGCUGCUGGCCGCGCUGCUGGCGGCGGGGGCGCGGGCCAGCGGCGAGUACUGCCACGGCUGGCUGGACGCGCAGGGCGUCUGGCGCAUCGGCUUCCAGUGCCCCGAGCGCUUCGACGGCGGCGACGCUACCAUCUGCUGCGGCAGCUGCGCGCUGCGCUACUGCUGCUCCAGCGCCGAGGCGCGCCUGGACCAGGGCGGCUGCGACAACGACCGCCAGCAGGGCGCCGGCGAGCCCGGUCGGGCGGACAAAGACGGCCCAGACGGCUCGGCAGUCCCCAUCUACGUGCCAUUCCUCAUCGUUGGGUCUGUUUUUGUCGCCUUCAUCAUCUUGGGGUCACUCGUGGCUGCUUGCUGCUGCAGAUGUCUCCGGCCCAAGCAGGAGCCCCAGCAGAGCCGCGCCCCUGGAGGAAACCGCUUGAUGGAGACCAUCCCCAUGAUCCCCAGCGGCAGCACUUCGCGAGGGUCCUCCUCCCGCCAGUCCAGCACAGCGGCCAGCUCCAGCUCCAGCGCCAACUCAGGGGCCCGGGCACCCCCAACAAGGUCCCAGACCAACUGUUGCUUGCCCGAGGGGACCAUGAACAACGUGUAUGUCAACAUGCCCACAAAUUUCUCUGUGCUGAACUGUCAGCAGGCCACCCAGAUUGUGCCCCAUCAAGGGCAGUACCUGCACCCCCCAUAUGUGGGGUACACGGUGCAGCAUGACUCUGUGCCUAUGACCCCCGUGCCCCCUUUCCUGGACAGCCUACAGACGGGCUACCGGCAGAUCCAGGCCCCCUUCCCGCACACUAACAGUGAACAGAAGAUGUACCCAGCUGUGACUGUGUAACUCAGGGUGCCGGCCAGGUCCUUUUACGAGACCGAGGAGCCCAGGGAAGCUGUGGACUUGGAAAUCAUUCUCUAAGAGGAAGUCCUCCACCUUGCUGGUGCAGACAGCCCCGUUCUUUUGGAGGACUUCAUUUGGCCCCCAAGUGUAUGAAAACACCUCUUCCCGAAUUAGCCUUUCUGCGUACGUUUCAUCCCAGUGCAUGAUCAAUUUAUGAUGGAAAAAAGCAUCACUUGGAGAUGACUGUGUUGUUGCCCUUGGUUGUGUGACAGAUCAAGGCCUUAAGUGCCCUGGAAUUAUGGCUGUCAGAGGAGUUUUGUAACUGGGUAGACUAAGGGGUUUCAUUAUAUCCUUAUUAGUGUUUCUUUUUUGUUUUUUGACAAAGGUCAAACACAGGUCAGAACACCUGUUCCCUCCCCUUGACCUGGGGAAGAUUCUUAUAAGCAUCCAAGUUUCAGGGGAAGACCUAAAGAACAGAACUAUGAUGAAAGGACAGCCAGUUGGAACUCCCUGAGAUUAGUCCUUGAUCUCAGUGUUUCCCAGGCACAUCUUAAUUUCAUUGUAAAAAGAUCUAUAUAUUUUGUCUAUUUUUGUGCUUUUUUUGGGGUCUAUUUUGUGCUUUUUUUACCUUGUGUAGAGAUCUUAUUACAAAGUGAUUUUCUACAUUAAAACGAGACCGAAAGAAAUUGUAUAGUUACUUAACUAAUGGCAUUACAGAACUCUGGGAUUAUUUUAAGCUUGGAAGGAGCGGCUGGUGUAGUAAUACACCCAUUCAUCUCACUCUCGAUAGUACCCUCUAAUUUGCUGACUUCACAGUGACAUCUGAGAAGAAGCAAUUAGAUGUUUUUAUAUUGAAAUCAUAAACUCUCACCUGCUGCUGCUCUGGGUUACUUUGAAUUUUACCGUGGUAUGGCUUGGCAUUCAUUCUGUUUGGCUUUUGAAUCUCCGUGUCUCCGUAGUACCAUGCGCAGGUAAUUACUGUUAUAAAUGAAGAUCAGGAUUUCUGCCUAGAUCUGAUAAAACAUUUUCUUGUUUCCCUAUAAAAACUCAAAGAAAUGCUUUACAAAGAUGCUUCAUCUGGCUUCUCAGCCAUAACCUGAGACUUGGGAUGAAAUUUAAACCACGAAUAGAAUUUACUUUGCAAAUCAUAAGGCUUUUUAUACUCUUGUUAUCAAAAUGGCUUAUUUUUCAGGCAGUGGGGACUGUUGAGUCAAGAGAAAAGCUUUUCAAAGAGAUACUGCCUUUCUUCCCCCACAAAGUUAGUUUUUGUUUUCCUCUCUCUUUUAGUCCUCAGCAAGCACUGUAUUCAUUACUAAUGAUCUGAAUUAUGAAAUUCAAGUGAGUCUGUGUAUUGUUUACUUAAAAGAAAUAAGUCUAAGUAUGUGCAAGCAAAUUUCCAACUGCUGGCAAAACUGAAGUUUGCAAUUAAAAUAUUGUAAAGUGUGGUCUUUCA